ACAUUAAAUAUUUUAGUAUAGUUGAACUCAAAAUAAUUCCCUUAAAGUACUUUAAAUUAUUCUAUUUACACUUCUUUAUUUAAAAAUCUAUAAAAGAUAUAAUCAUCAUGACAAAGGUCGAAUCAUAAUAUACGAAAUUCAUCUUAGAUAAAAAUUAUAAUUCUAUGAAUAAUCUUUAUCUAAAUUCUAAUUUUUUUAGAAAAACUAAGCAAUACAUUAAUUUUGUUUUAGCUAAUCAAAACGCAAAUAAAGAAUUACUAAUCAUUAGAAGAACCUCAAGCGAAACAAAAGACAGACCCUGCUACAAAACAAAAACCCUUACUGUGAGUUCCACUACGAGUUGAGCAGGGGCUGACAACACGGUGAUCCGAGGGGCAGUUUGAAAAUCCGAAAGAAAGAUUUAGAGAAAGUUUAUGGCAAAGGAUACAAAGUUCAAAGCUACGGUAGAUAGGAUUAGUGAGUUACCAGAUGAGUUGCUGUGUCACUUACUCUCCUUUCUUCCCCCUAAUUUCGCCUAUACUACCGCACUUCUUUCCAAGAGGUGGAAACCAUUAUGCAAAUUCAUGGUGGAUCUUCAUUUUGAUGAUAAAUUAGUGAAAGGCAAAGAGGAUUUCCAAUGCUUCCGUCGCUGGGUUGACAAAGUCAUGCUAUCCCCAGACAUGAAUAACCAACCUAUUAGAGCCUUUCACCUUAACUGUUGUCAUCCUGAAUUAUUACUUUUCAACCAUGAUCAAUGGAUUGAAGCUGCAAAACGGCGUGGUGUGGAGGAUCUCCAACUUUUCAUGUUUGAUACCUAUACUGCUUUCCAAAUGUAUAUCUCGCACUCCAAUUCCUUGGUGGAUAGCUUUAUCACCGUAGCACCCAACAACAUUUUUAGCUGCCGAACCCUUGUGAUUCUCAAACUCGAGAGGUUAUGUGUGGCGGGCAAUAUUUUGUCGGUUGAUCUUCCCUCGCUUAAAACCCUUCAUUUAAAAAGUGUUUACUUACAAAAUUCAGACGAUCUCAAGAAAUUGAUAUCUAAAUCAUUGAUUCUUGAAGAUUUGUAUAUUAUAGUUGGCUACAAAGAUACUGCAAGUAUUCCACUCACACGAGUAGAUAAGGGUCCAUAUCAUGUUUUAUUUAAAGCAGUAUAUUAUAGCGUUCAGUUUCUACGGUUAGAGGUGAGGCUUCCCAAUGAAAAGAUCAUUUCCUAUUUCAAAGGCUCUUCAGUUUUUCGAAACUUGAUCCAGCUUGAAUUAAUAUUUGCUUUCUUUUAUGGCUGGGAUGACUUAAUGGAUGUGCUCCACAAUUGUCCCAACCUUGAAAUUCUUUUAAUUGAUGAGAUUAUACCCAACUACGUUGAGAACUUAUAUCGCGAAUGUGAGUGGACAUUGAAAGUCACCAAUCCGUUCACAAUCUGGAAAUGUCCAAAUUCGGUUCCUAAAUGCAUUUCAUCUCGCCUCAGAUCUUGCACCUUAACCUAUGAAGGCAUGGCGGAUUCACUUCAAUUUGCAAAAUAUGUUUUACAGAAUGCUCAACUUUUACAAGUCAUGACAGUGAAAAAUAGAAUGUUUGCCGAAUCGGUUCGCCACUGGGAAUAUUUAGAUGAACUAAACUCGUGUCCAAAGAUUUCACCCUUUUGUAAACUUUCAAUAGGAUAGCUCUAGUUUUCCAGAUAUGUGUGGUGUACAUGCAACCGGCAAUGCCUAAUAAUAGUGUUGAUAUUUAAGUUGCUUGGUCAGGAAGUUAUCUUUAGGUGGUUCUUUUCUGUUUCCAUGUGUGAUCAGCUAUUAGCUGUUGGAUUAUAUAAAAGCUUCUGUUUCUUCAUGUACCUAUUAGUGACUUGUUAGAUGAUAUCCUCAAUUAACUUGUAUUUUUAUUUUGGACAAAAGAGAGAUUGGUGUGGAUUUCUCAAUUUUGUUUG